UGUGUGUGCUGCUGAACGUGACUGAUUUACCUUUUUGAGGGGUGAAAAAACAGAGCAGUCUGCAUGCAGGAAACUAGAAGAAUAAAGAGCUCAAACCGCAAAACAAAAAUUGAUGUCACAUGUGUGGACAUGCGUCAUGAGUGUAAACUCUGAAAGCUUCUGCCUCCUUUGUCCCGCUAUUGAUGUGAUCGACUGCGCUUACUGCAACCAAAUCACGAGAAAAGGAUGGAAGAUAAGAACCUCUUCCUUGCUUUAUUUCUCUGCUCCAUUUUGCUUUCAACUGCCUAUUCACACAUGAUCUUUGAGGAGAACAGAGACACCAAUCUGGCAACCAGCAACAAAAUGAAACUCCCAGAUCUCCCACCCAUCUCUAUAGUAGAAUUAACCAAAACAUCCCGAAAAGUAAGCAGAAAAGAGGCAGAGAAGAAGAAAGAAUCCAAGAGAAAGACCCAGAAAAGAAAAUCCCGCAGGCCCCGGCCCACACUCCCUGCUAAUUGUGUGGCUACUUGGAAAAAUUGCAAGCCACCCUCCCCCCCGUGCUGUGAUGUCUGCACCUUCUGCCACUGCCGGCUUUUUCAGACUGUCUGCUACUGCCGAGUAGGAAACCCAAACUGCUAAACCCACAGCAGGAAGGCAGUGCUGGAACUCUGUCAUUAACUGCUCCAGAGUUUGUUUCAACCUCUUUUU